ACAGAUUUGCUAUUGCACUGUGAGAUCAGGGACGAAAAUGGGGUUUUUGGUCACAACGCUAAUUUUUGUGGUAGUGGGUGUUAUUGCGUCUCUAUGUGCCAGAAUAUGCUGCAAUAGAGGGCCUUCUACUAAUCUGUUACACUUGACAUUGAUCAUCACGGCUACAGUAUGCUGUUGGAUGAUGUGGGCAAUUGUGUAUCUUGCGCAGCUGAAACCACUCAUCGUUCCAGUUUUGAGUGAAGGAGAAUAAAACGCUCUCGGAAGCUCUCGUUGUGUAUUUUUUUGUGGAUUAUUUGAGUGCAGGGAAAUACUUGGAAGUCACAUUUGUAUCACUAUUUAUGUGCUUGACAUUGAUUUCAUAUUUUUUUGUAUAAUGUUCACAACUUAUUUUCUAGUUUCACCUCAUUUAGGGUGUCUUCUUUAUAAGCUUGGACUACAUUAAGUAUCUUAUUGAAGAAAACAAUAAGCACACGACAUUUGUCGAUGAGAGUUCAUAUAGCCAACCUCAUCUCGUUUGAGAUUGAGGCGUAACUAUUGUUGUAUUUGUCUAAACUCUUGGCCAUGAACAUAUUAUUUCAACUUUUGUAAUUUUAUAGA